AUGUCGCCUCGUUCACUGCAUAUCGGGUCUUUGCAGCAUGCUGCACCUAUCACCACCUCGUCAGCCCCGCCGAGUACCGAACCAAAGCCCAAAACGAUUGAGUCUGGAACUUCAGGGAAGAGGAAGCGUCCCUUGACUGCUGAACAAGAACGCUUCCUUGACAGUGCUCUCCGUGUGAACCAGACUGGCGAGCUUGCUGCUGUUCUCAUCUACCAGGCUCAAACACCGCCGACCGUCAGGGCUCACCCUCAUCUUCGCCCAUUAAUGAAGCACAUGUACGAUCAAGAGGCCGGCCACUUCAAAUACUUCAACAAGAUCAUAGCCAAGCACCGCAUUCGCCCGACUGCCAUGACUCCAGUCUGGGGUGUCGCUGCGACUGCAUUAGGAUGGACAACCGCCAUACUGGGUCAGGAGGCUGCCAUGGCAUGUACAGAGGCCGUCGAGACUGAGAUUGGAGAGCACUACAACGCCCAAGUGCGAGAGUUGUUGGCGUGGAUGAAGGACAUGGAAGACCGGGGAGAGGAGCCUGGCGAAGAGAUGACAGAUUUGCUCAGCAACCUCCGAAGAAUUAGAGACGAGGAGCUCGAGCAUCUUGAUCACGCUGUAGAGCAUGAUGCAAAGGAGGCUCGUCCCUAUGAGCUUCUGACGAACGUCAUCCGGGGUGGCUGUCGAGCUGCUAUCUAUGUCAGUGAGAAGAUCUGA